AUGGCCCUGCAGUUGCUGGCUCUGAGGAUGCUCCUGGUCCUUGAACCUCUGCUGGCAGCACGGGGCCAGGAAGAGCCUCCUCCCAACACCCAAGGAAUGCCCAGGAGACCAGAAAUAUGCCAGAGGCCCCAGUGGGACUCAAGACUGCAGCUGGAACCAGACCAGAGAAUUUACAAGAUGAACACGGAAGUGACACUGAGCUGUCCUGAGGGUUUGCAGCCAUCCUUCACCCAUGUCAAAUGCUCAAGAGAAGUCCAGUCCAACAGCAGUGGGAAGUCUGUAUACAGAGAGGUUUGGCUUGGAAAGGACAGCAGAGGCAGGUGGAACCACACUCAGAACAGAGUGGAGUGCAUCGAGGUGCUCCACGUUGACCCCGGGACCCUGGAGGUUUCCAGCACCAGCAUCAAACUGAACUGGUCCUGCCAGGUCCCUGAGGCGUGCUCGCACAUGCGGGCCACGUGCCGGCUGGCAGGGCCUUCCUCCCCUGGCUGUGAGGCUGAGGAGGUGGUGGGAGAGGAGAUGCUCCAUGGGCAGGAGGGGACAUUCUCCUGCCCUGCUCUGCAGCCCUUCACUGAAUACAGUGUCACCAUCUCCCUGCCGCCCAGCACCACCCUGUUCGCAUGGCUGGUCAGGACCAUGGAAACAGUGCCGGACAAACCGGAGCAGCUGUGGCUGGAUCCCAGCACGGGGUCCCUCAGCUGGGAGCCGCUGCCCUCCUGCAAAGGGGAGAUCAUCGGAUACCAGCUGAACAUCACGGCCAGGAGCGCGCAGGACCGCGCGUUGCUGGAGCUGGAGCGGCUGCGGCUGAGCGGCUCCGUCACCGCGCACCCGCUGCCCGCGCACGGGCCCGGCACCAGCUACGUGGUGACCGUGCGGGGACUCACGGCCGCCGGGGCCGGGGCUGCGGCGCUCCGGGAGUUCCGGACCAACGGCUCGGACACCCCGCAGCCCCCGGCCAUGAGCUGCCGCAGCGCCCGGGACAUCUCCGCCUCGCAAGGCACGGCCGUGCUGCCCCUGCACCCCAUCGCCCGGCACCUCGAGCCGCCGACGCAGCACCAGCUGCUCGUGGCCGCCGUGCACAACAGCACGACGGUGGAAGGCGUCUGCUCCGCCGAGCCGCAGCCCUUCAACGCCAGCCGCCAGCCCGGGGCCUACGUGGCCGCCGUGCUCAACCUCAGCAGCCCCAUGGACUUCGUGCUGGGCGACGGGACCCGCGGGCAGGGCUACCACAACGCUGCCCUCCGGCCGGGCUGCAGCUACACGGCCCUGCUCCGCCUCGUGCGCCGCUCGCAGCAGGCAGAGAAGGUCACCUGCAUCUGCUACAGCUUCUCUGUUGUUGCAGAGCAAUCUUCACAUCCUUGGCUUUGGAUUGUGAUUGGGGUGUUUGUGCUGUUGGGUAUCCUCCUGGUGUUUGCAGGGAUCCAGUGCCUCGUGGUUUCCAGGAAAAGGAAGUUUCUGCCUGGAAAAGCUAAGGAGGAUAAUUAAAAAGGUAGGA